AUGGACAAGAAGAAAGAUACCAAGAAGACUGCUGCUGAUGAAGAAGCUGACAACGUUGAGAUUGAUGAGGAGACCAAGAGAGAGGCUAACGGCAAGAGAGUCGUUAUCGAUAAAGAGACUGGCAAGGCAAAGGAGGUCGACGCUUAUGAUAGAGGAGAAAAGAAGAAGAAGAAUCCAGAAAAUGCCAAAGCCAUAUUCUCCAGCAACUUGGAGCAAUCUAUUAUUCCAUAGAACAUUAUAAUUCCCCUUAGAAAGUACAACCACAAAGGCCAAGCCGUAUUCAUGGUAGCAGCCUUAGGUAUUGUUUUGGAUACCGAGAAGAAUGAGAUGAAAACAUUCGGAGGUGUUGAGACAAAGAUGGUAGCCAAGAAUGUUGCAGAUGAUUCUAAGUUCCAUAUGGAUGAUAUCCUCUCCCUUGAUGUGAGUCUUGACAGAAGACUUGUUGUCACAGGCCAAGUUGGAAAAGCUCCUUCAAUCCACGUUUGGGAUUCUGAGACCUGCGAAUCCCAAUCUUUCUUCAGACUUAAGGAAGGAUCUAGAGGUGUUGCUGCUAUUUCUCUCAGUCCAUGUCUUAGAUAUGUAGCCUGUGUUGAUCUCCACAACGAUCAUCAUGUAGUUAUAUAUAACAUCAAGAGAAGCAAGCAACUUCUUGUCAUUGAGGGCAGUAAAGAUAAAAUCAUUCACUGUGCUUGGUCAAAGAAAUAAGAUGAUUUGAGAUUCUGUACUGUUGGAGUCAAGGAAAUCAAAUUCUGGAACCCAGCUGAUGCCACCAAGAGACUAUUCGCUAAAGGAACCGUUGGAGGUAAAGCUCAACUUACCAGCUUCAAUUCAGUUUGCUUUGACGUUGAAGGUACUUCCUAUACCUCUGGUGCUAACGGCCUAAUCUAUGUUUGGGAUGCCAACUGUCAAUUCGAUAGAACAUUGAAGGCUCAUACCAACGAGGUUACUGCUUUAGUACAUGAACAAGGAAAACUUAUUUCUGGAGGUAAAGAUAACAAACUUGUUAUCUAUGCUGCUCAAGGUGGAAACUAUACUUUGGAAAAGACUAUCGAUUUCGAGACUUCAUAUCCAAGAUCAAUUGAUUACUUCAAUGGAAAGAUCCUAGCUGGUCUCAGAAGUGGAAGUAUUUAUGAAGUUGAUGAAGCUACUGAGGAGAGAAAGUAAUUAAUGGCUUCCCAUCACGAAGGUGAAGCUUGGGGUCUAGAAGUUAUUCCAGAGGAUAACUGCCUCAUGACCGUUGGAGAUGACAACAAGAUUUUGAUCUUUGAUUAUGAACAAAAGAGAUUCGUUAAAAAGGGAACCCUUUCAGAGAAAGACCCAAAGAAGGAAAAACUCAAGAAGGUCACUGCUUCAACUCUAUCAGUUUAUCCACCAAACCAACAAGGUAGAGCUGUUGCAUAUUGCAGAGGCAGAGGUCAUAUUGCUGUCAGUAACAACAUUGGAAAGAUCUCUAUCAGACUUAAGGAAAAUCUUGAUACUAAAGUAGCAACUCUUAGAGAUCCAGAUGAAUGGUGUGAGGUCUUGAGAUAUUCUCCAUGCGAGAAGUAUCUUGCUGCAGGCUCCCACGAUAAUGCAGUAUACAUUUAUGAUGUAGAGAAUAACUAUUCCCUUUAUGCUAAAUUUGCUAAGCACAAUUCUUUUGUAGUUUCUGUUGAUUGGUCACAAGACUCUACUUACAUUAGAUCAGUGUGCGGAGCUUAUGAAAAACUCUACUAUAAUGUAGCCAACAAGGAAUUCGAUGCUGGUGGUCUUUCAAACACUAAGGACACUCAAUGGGCUACAAUCUCCUCUAAGGUAGGUUGGGAUGUUGAAGGUAUCUAUCCAUCUGGAGAGGAUGGUUCCCAUAUCAAUGGUGUUGAUGUUUCAACUGAUCGCACUCUUGUAGCUACUGGUGAUGAUUUCGGUCUUCUAAACGUUUACAGAUAUCCAGCUCUCAACCUUAAGCAUAAGGCCAGAAGUUACAGUGGUCAUAGUGAGCAUGUUGUCAGAGCUAUCUUUACACCAGACGGCCAGAGAAUCUUCACUAUUGGAGGUUACGAUAAGGCUGUCAUCCAAUGGAGACGCAAGUGA